AUGAAUCAUGAUAAAGUAAACAUGGACCGUGGACCCCUCAAUUCCUUCACAGAUCUAUCCAUCGAGAGCGUGGGACGACUGUGCGCCACGUCAUACGGGGGGAAUCUUUGGCGGGUUAAAAUGUUACCAAUAAGAUUGGCGGCGGAAGAGAUCAUACGUCUCCUCCUCGUGAUCAGAGAGCAAUCAAUUAAAGAGACUCUGGACCUGGCGGCGAAGGACGACGAUGCAUCUCUUCCUCUGAUAAAACCUCCGUCAUCUGCGACGACCGGAGACAGAACCACGGCUCUUCAGACGCUCGGAAACAUUAUCGUCUCCAUCGUCGGUACCGGAGUCCUCGGGCUCCCUUACGCAUUUCGCGUCGCCGGUUGGUUCGCCGGAUCUCUCGGCGUCAUUAUCGUCGGAUUCGCCACCUAUUACUGCAUGCUCCUCCUCAUUCAGUGCAGAGACAAGCUGGAAUCGGAAGAAGGGCAAGAGGAAUCGAAAACGUACGGUGAUUUAGGAUUCAAGUGUAUGGGAACCAAAGGUCGAUACCUGACGGAGAUCCUCAUCUUCGCUGCUCAAUGCGGUGGCUCUGUAGCGUAUCUAGUGUUCAUAGGCCGGAAUUUGUCAUCCAUAUUCAGAUCGUAUGGACUAAGUAUGGUCUCUUUCAUCAUGAUCCUGGUUCCGAUCGAGGUUGGACUGUCGUGGAUCACUUCUUUAUCAGCUCUAUCGCCUUUCAGCAUCUUCGCUGACAUAUGCAACAUCAUAGCAAUGUGCUUCGUUGUGAAAGAAAACGUGGAGAUGGUGAUUGGAGGAGACUUCUCGUUUAGUGACAGAACAGCCGUUUCGUCUACCGUCGGAGGUUUACCGUUUGCUGGAGGAGUUGCAGUGUUCUGUUUCGAGGGCUUUGCAAUGACUCUGGCUCUUGAAGGUUCCAUGAGGGAGAGACAAGCUUUCCCUAAACUGUUGGCUAAAGUGCUCGCCGGGAUCACCUUCGUCUACGUCUUGUUCGGCUUCUGCGGCUAUAUGGCUUACGGCGAUGAAACAAAGGAUAUCAUCACACUCAACCUCCCAAAGAAUUGGUCUGCCAUUGCCGUGCAGAUUGGCUUAUGUGUUGGAUUGACGUUUACAUUCCCGAUCAUGGUACAUCCGCUGAACGAGAUCAUAGAGCAGAAACUGAAAAGGAACGAGUGGCUUCAAAAGCAUCAGUACAGCAACGAAACAGGUUCGGUCUCCAAAUAUGUAAUCUUCACAACGAGGACGCUUUUGGUGGUAGGACUCGCAGCGAUCGCGUCGUUAGUGCCAGGCUUCGGUACAUUUGCAUCUCUGGUUGGAAGUACUCUCUGCGCACUCAUAUCGUUUGUGUUGCCUGCUUCUUAUCACCUCACGCUGCUCGGUCCAUCGCUAAACUUAUGGAGCAAAUCCGUUGAUGUGUUCAUCGUGAUUUGCGGGCUGCUCUUUGCUGUCUAUGGUACUUACAACACAAUCGUCGGAGUGUGAUAUGCAAAGUGAAUCUGUCUAAAAAUGAACACAGCAGCAACAGAAAGUUGCUCAGAAGAAAAAGAAAAAUGUACAGCUGUUUUUACGUGAAUCUGAAACUGGGAGAUAGUGAGAAAAAAAUGAAACUGUUGUAUGAUUAUUCAAUGAGUGUCACUAGAAAUGGUGAGACACCUUUUAUAAUUUGGUUACUCUGACUUUUAUAAACCAUCACAACGAUUUCUGCCUCAACUACAAUGAUCCCUACCACAAAAUAUAUGCUUUAACAACAACUAUCUCAGCCAUCGAGAUAAAACCAUCUACCCCAAAUGUUGACAAUGUCGAGAUCAUCUUAGAUAACUCUGCAAUCGCAAUGGCUAUGGCAUCUCUCAUUGAAUCGGAUCACUAAUGAGACUGCUUCUGUUAUUAUUACCACUGCAGCUGCUUAUGUCGCCUUUCCUGCUGCUGAACAUGUUUUGACAACUCCUUCCUCUCAAUCAAGAACACCACAAACUAGUGAGAAUGUGG